AUGGUAUAUACAUUUGGAACAUUACCAAAUGAAAUUCUUCUUAUUAUCCUUUCUAAUUUAUCAUGGUUGAAAAUAUUACAUUCUCUGUGGUCAUUAAAUCAUCGUAUAAAUUCUCUUAUUUGUUUAAUUGUUUCAAGAAAGAAUAAUAAAGAAAAACGUGCUGUUAUUACGAAAGCAUCGAAUUUACCUUAUAAUGAAUAUUAUUCAAGAUCACAAUCAUUACAUAAUGAUUUAUCAUUAGUGCUUUUUUGGUCCUCUAUUCAAAGUGUUUGUUUCGAUGAAACGAAUUCGACAGCUUGUGAUAUUAAUUUCGAAUGGAUUUUUGUUCAAAAUAAAAAUAAAAAAGUUCUUCGCUUUUUAAAUCUGAAGUCACUUACUAUUACUCAAUGUUGGCUGUCUCCAUUGCUGAUCCAAAACUUAUCUUUGCUUAUUCAAGAUCAAUUAGAAAAUCUUUCAUUAAUGUUCAAUGAUGAUAUGGUCAAUUCUUUUCGAUAUGGAAGACCAAUUGCAAAAACGAAGUAUAAUAGAAGUAAUUUAUGA